CGCGAGCGGUCGUUCUGCUGCUGCGCUCCGACAAACCGACUUUUCAGCCCAGGCAUUCCCCGAAGAUACAAGGCGUUGCUGGUCUCGGCGUGUCCAUCCGGCAUAGUGACCCUGUCUCAGCGUCGUGACCAGUCGCUGGACGUCCUCGCCUUUCAUCCGCCACCUGCGCUUUAUACACCAUGGGUCAAGAACAGGGCUCCGGUGGCAAUGAAUACUAUUCCUCUGUCGAGCCUGCUGGCCAGGCGAACUCUACCGCAGGGCUCGCCGACGCUGCACCAGCGGCACCGGCACCGGCACCGGCAGCGCGGGUUCGAGCCAGGGGGACGUCAGCCUUCACGAUCUUGGUCGGCAUCGCCGCAAUCCUAACAGUGGGCGUGGUCGCCAUCGCUCUCGCUUGGUAUCUCUUGAAAGAGACGCCAACCGAAAAGGAGCCGCCGAAACCACUGACGAUUACUAAGAAGUUGACCCCGUUGCCGCCCAUAUUGCCGCCCACGUUGCCGCCCACGCUGCCGCCCACGUUGCCGCCCACGUUGCCGACCCCGUCGCCGGCCGUGUUGCCACCCACGUUGCCGACCCCGUCGCCGGCCGCGUUGCCGACCACCCCCAGCUCGACGACGACAGUUGCACCAGUCGUACGAAAGCCGCCAAUGAUCUGCACGUACAACUUUGACAAAUUCUCACUGGUCUCAGUGCUACCUAGUGAUGGCCUAUGUGACCAGAUAUACCUAGACUCUGUGUGCAGAGAGUCGCCCUGCAACACAGGUGCACAGUGGACCGUCACAGGAGUGCUGAAAGACUUUCUCGAAGUUACCAAAGCAGCGAGAACGGGCAACAACAGAACAAGGCUGGGCCUGGCUUUCGACUCUCAUGCCAGUAACAACUUAGCGAUCUUCCACUCUGACGACAACCAGAAACAAAUCACUGAGGAACUGUGGAAUACUUACAAAUGUUCCCACUAUGCAACUCUUCAAAACAACAUCCGCUCAUUUACCAGCCCGGCGAUGGCAGCGUCGCUAUGGAACCCAUUGUUCCUCUUAAGAAGAAAACUGGAGAGUCUUAGUGGCGUUCAAGACGAUUUCGGACUGGUGCUGGGUGUCGCAAGUACGGACAUACCAAGGAUGAUUGUGAAAGUGAUUGAAGACUACGACAGAACGCCCCCGUACUGGACUAGUCUUAUUAUCAUCAGCCACACAUCAUUCGCAAACUACGCCUUGCCACCAUACGAUGAUAAAGCAAGCUUUGAUUUGACGAACUGUUAUAUUGUGCCUCCCACUAUACAUAAUUACGGCAGUCACUACAACCAGACCUACUACGGCACUUUGGAAGACUCGUCGAAGUUCCUGCAAGAACUUCUGAAUGCGGCCCAGACGGUUCCAGUAUCGGUGUCGGUGACUUUAAAAGGCCGCUGGUUUACGUCAAAUGCGCCCGUAGACGAAAACAGGGAGAUUUUCAAGAAGUGCACGAAAUUCAACGAAACCACGGACGCACCACCGGUCUCUGUCUGCGAUUCCAACAUUCAAGGCAACUACGUCUAUAACAAAAACUAUGAGUCGGCGUUUUUCGACGACAGUACUCGGGUCUUUACAUUUGACACGGAAGAGGCACUGAGGGCUAAGGUCUGUGUACUCUGCAUCCUGUCGCAGAUGUGUGCCUACAAGGAAAAAGUAAAAAAUUUAAACUUCAGCAUCGCCGUGUAUGACAUUGAUGCCGACGAGUCCUCGAAUGCGUGCAAUGAGGUCCAAUACACGGGUCAAUACAAGAGGCUAAAUCUGCUCCGCAAGCUGAUGGACUUCAUGGAGAAGUACACCGACAAGCAGGACUGCGAAAGUGUAUCCUAGCAAGUGUUGUCAGUGGCUGUGGUGCGUGGCGUAGGGAAACGACCUGAUGCCUGAUCGUCGACUACGAUUAGUGGUCAAGACUGCACUUUUGUUUGCGUGUGUAUAUACCUGUUCCGUUUAUAAUGUGGCUACCCUAUAUUAUUUCAGCCGCAGGUAUACUGUAUGUUUCUUUUACAAUACGUUCCUUUGAUAAUGUUACCUCAGAUUCAUAAAGGGUCCUUGCCUAAAGACACCAUUGUAGAAUAGAAUACGUCGGUUAUUUUGUUGCGAUCACUGCCUUGCGUAUUUUUCUUUUUGGACAUGCGACAUGGAUUGAAUUUCAGUUGUUAAAUAAGAAAAGAAGCAAUAGUGGAAUGCGCUGAAACAUACUGCUAUGAAAUCGCUGAAAAAGACCGUACGAAACUCUUAGAAUUGUAAGAUAGAGGAAACGCAAAAGACAUAAAAGUAAGGGCAAGCCAGGAAACAUAAAAAGAAGGAACAAGCAAUAGGAGGCAUGUUUCAAUGGGCACUUGCUUAGCAAGGUGUGUAAAGUUAAAUUAUCGUAAAAUUGUAUUUAUUACAAUAUCAUUGAAAUUUUAGUAUUACCAUAGGCUACCACAUUUUCAACAAAACCGUGAUAAAAGAAGCACAUGUUUUUUGAAUGUUACUUUUGAAUAAAAAAGGAAAAAAAACAAUUAAAAAGAAGCACACAAAUUGACAUCAUUUUACAAACAGCUCGCAAAAAUAAGACUACCAACGCUUGAACCGAGGAAUAGGGUCAUAAAAAUUUCAAAUAUACAAGAAAUAAGAAAGCAGACUCUAAAGUGAAAUAAAUGUAUAACAUUGCAGCACUUGAGCAUGCCUUCGCGCAUCGCUCUUAUAGAAGUAACAUCCGCCUGGAAAGACAAAACCCCAAAUAACCAAACUUCACCUUCACCUUCACACAACAACCAAACUUCACCUCCGAAGCUUAAGUAGAUAAACGUGGAUCACCUUCCAAGAAGCGCUACUGAGCGCCAUUCUUCUAUCAUGCUGGUAAUAACAUGAUCUGUAUCGAUUAGCUGAGUAACGAGGUGCGAAAAUUUUUGCCUGCCGUGAUUUGACCGGAUUCCCUCAGUCUACAGGCAGUGUAUCUGAAACUAUAGGUAUGUUGAAGUAAGCUUCACGGAAUGCAUCCUUUGUUUGAGGUAAUUUGGUCGCAAGUAUGUGUCCCCAUUUUAUUGUAAAAAUAUUUUGAAACGUUACAGUGUUGUGCUUGUGAAAGAGUUGGGUGGAAUGCGUUCGGUGUGGAACGCCUUCAUUUAUGCCUGCGAUUGUUUUUGUGGAAUGUAUGAGCACUAUAUUUCAGCGCCUGCGCCAAAAAUACCAAACUAAUAGAUUCGUGAACAAACAAACACAUAAUAGAGCUGCUUUGCUACCUAAAGCGGCAAUAAACUCCCGGUUUUAUUCAUUAUACUUUUCGACCGUGACCCAUUUGUAGGUAGUUUGUUGACAUGGAAUGGCCAGCUUAGCGUUUCAUGGAAAUUAAGGCCGCACAACUUUGACAUACUGCGCGUUCAAUGAAAGCGUCUCGAAAUAUAGUUUGAAUUUCACGGACCGUACGUUUUCAUCUUAGUCGAAACAACGUAUCUUGUCUUUUUAGUGUUGCGCUCAAAUUUCUUUUUAGUCAUAUUGAAAAAUGGUUAAACAAUUUAUUAUCUUGCUUUUCUAGAUUACUUGAAUUAUUUACACCGAAAAACAAGUUGGCGCCUUCUGUAUAUGUAAUGAUGCUUGGUGUUAGUGGUGUACAUACGGUAUCAUUUAUGUACAACAGGAAAAGAACGGGCCAUCUAUGCACCCCUGUAGGACACCGUAUUUUAUUUUACCCGUUUAGGAUAUUGCGUGAGGCAUGCUAGUGAACUCAACUCAAUACGUGACAUAACUACUCACUAGAUUUAGGCAAAGACAUUUUAUUCCUUAUUCGUUUAGCUUUUCCAAAAGAAUUUCGCACUUGAUAGAAUCAAAGACUUUCUUUAAGUAGAGAAAUAUUGCAGUUGUGCGAAAUUUCUGCUAAGUUUCAUUUUAUUUCAUUUAUUGUACCCUCAAGACCACAAGGUAUUACAGAGGGGAGUCGUGUAAAAAGAGUUACAAAACAAAGAGACCAAAGAAAGAAGGCAUCACGUGACGUAGCCAUAAACAGGUGAAGCCCGAAGCGAUGGUGUCGAUUAUGGCCGUCCGAAAUUGUGCGUGGUCUUCAAUAGCAAUUAACGCGCCGGGAAGGUGGUUACAUUCUUGACAGGUCCUAGGAAUAAAAGACUCAUGACAAGCUCUAGUGCGACGCUGCAAAACUCCAACUGUGUGAUUAUGAUCAAUGCGAGGAGAUAUGUAGGUUGAUGAUGAAAUAAGAUUAUCGCGCAGGUAUGAAUUGUGGAAGUAUAUUUAUUAAAGAGAGCUAGGUGAGAGCAUUGGCGACGAGCAGAAAAGUGGUGGAAGUUGCAGGAUGUUUUUCAUAGAAGUUGCGCUUGCCGUACGGUUGUAAUUGCUUAACAUGAAACGCGAGGCAUUAUUUUGAACCCGUUCGAGAGAUUGUGUUUGUGUCUCAGCAUUUCGCACUUGCCUGGCCUUAGCGACCAUGAUCCAUUACAUCUUACAAUUUGUCUUUUUGCAGAUGACUGCGUAAUAUAUCGUACAAUUACUAAUGAUUGCUAAUAUCUCAUCUCUUCAGGACGAUUUAAACACACUGCAUAACUGGACUCUAAAAUGGCGCAUGCAGCUUAACGUCAAGAAAUGUAAAUCGAUGCGAAUAUCCCGUACUAAUGAUGCUUGUCCUGUCUAUUUACUUGAUAGGAUUCCUUUAGAGAGCUUAAGAAACUACAAAUAUCUCGGCGUCUAUAUAACCUACAACUUAUCCUGGAAGUACUAUAUCGACUUUAUAACAAGCAAAGCUAAUUGGAUAUUUGGAUAAUUGGAUACACUUGGAUAUUUUCGCAGAAACUUCUCUCUCGCACCAUUAUCACUCAAUCAUUUGUUAUACAUGACAUAUGUCCGUCCACAGUUGGAAUAUGCAUCAUCAGUAUGGGACCCACAUCAUGCUAUCUCAAUUAACUGCCUUGAAAGUGUCCAGAAUCACUCCGCUCGGUUUAUACUAGGUAAUUACCAUCGCACGGCAAGCGUAACACAAAUGAAUGCUAUACUAAACCUACCUUCGCUGUUAACCGCAGGAAACAAUCACGCCUAUGCUUAUUUCAUAAGAUUUACUACCAGAACGCAGCGCUUCGGUCAGCAUGGAUUACUCCAGCACCAUUCAUUUCCUCACGUAGAGAUCGAACGCAUUAGGUGCAUGUGCCUCGCUCUAACACACUAACAAAUUCACAAUCAUUUUUACCGAAAACAUGCAACGAAUGGAACGGUCUGCCAGCAUCCAUUGUUAGUGUAAGUAAUCGUGUUCAAUUUAGAAACGCUUUAAUUAACUAUAUUUAAACCAUGAAACUUGCGUUCAAUAUAUCAUGUGUCUUUUCAUUGUAUAAAUACUAUAUUUGCAACUUAGCUAUGUGUGUAUCGACCUAGCAUUCCCAACUUGUUUUAUUGAAAAGUGUAUCAAGAGAUUUCUAUGGUGAACUGCCACUAUUAUUUUUUGUCUGUGAUGUGUAAAUCAGUGAGCGAGCAUAAUUUAUCAUUGUUACUUAUAUUGUGCCUUUUCUGUACAUCAUUUUUACCUCCUUUAUGUUGCCUCUCCCCUCUAUAAUGCAGACUUACGCUCAGGUUAUUGUAAAUAAAUAUGGGACCCAAAGUGA